AUGGGGGACAGCAUAAAUUUCACAUCUGCCAACGAUUCGGACAAUGCAAUAAAAUCGACAGAAUGGACGGACGACUUCGUUCUGGCUGUGAAGGCAACAAUCAUGGGCUCAAUCAUCAUCGCUUCCAUUUUCGGUAACCUUUUGGUUAUCGUGUCUGUAAUGAGACACAGAAAGCUGCGCGUCAUCACUAAUUACUAUGUAAUAUCAUUAGCUUUAGCGGACAUGCUGGUUGCUAUGUUCGCGAUGACUUUUAAUGCCAGUGUACAAAUCUAUGAUGAAUGGAAGUUCGGGUACUUUAUGUGCGAUGUUUGGAACUCUUUAGAUGUCUAUUUUUCAACGUCUUCAAUCCUGCAUCUGUGCUGCAUCAGUGUCGAUCGAUAUUACGCUAUAGUGAAACCCCUAAAAUAUCCUUUAACAAUGACUAAAAACGUUGUGGCGUUCAUGAUCUUAAAUACUUGGAUCAGCCCCGCUAUCAUAAGCUUCCUUCCAAUAUUUAAAGGUUGGUAUACCACGCCGGAGAACCAAGCUUUCAGAAAUCGUCAUCCGGAUAUAUGUGAAUUUAUUGUAAAUAAACCGUACGCUGUUAUCAGCAGCAGUAUAUCCUUCUGGAUCCCGUGUUCAAUCAUGAUCUUUAUGUAUCUAGCGAUAUUUAGAGAAGCCAACAGACAGGAGCGCGAGAUGUUCAACAGGCAUGGCGCUGCCUUGCUGCUGCAUCAAAACAACACCAACGGUGAUAUGUUAUCCAAUUCGGGUGGAUCCUCAAAGACUCUAACGGCUCAUGAUAUUAACCAGGAUCUACACCAUACCCCGACAAAAGAAAGAAACCUUUCGAAAAUGAAGCGUGAACAUAAAGCGGCUAGGACUUUGGGGAUAAUCAUGGGAACUUUCAUCCUGUGUUGGUUACCGUUUUUUCUGUGGUACGAUAUAGUGUAUCUCUGUGAUUCUUGUCGCGAAAACUGUCCUAAAGAAGUGGUAGCCGUGAUGUUCUGGAUCGGCUACUUUAACUCUACAUUAAACCCCAUCAUCUACGCCUACUUCAAUCGAGACUUCCGAGAGGCUUUCAAGAACACCUUGCAGUGCGCGUUUUGCAGCCUCUGCAAGAGGCCGCCGUCUGAUUUGGAUUACAUAGAUCCGAGAAGACCUUCCAUUAGAUAUGAAGACAGAACGAGAAGCGUGUACUCGGAAACCUAUCUGAAGCACGUCGAUCGGAGGUGUUCUGAAUUCGGAUCAAGUCUGUUGCUAGUGCUAAAUAGGUAA